UCGGGCAAGAAACCAGACCCUCCUUGUACCUGUCUUAAUCAUCAGAACAUAAAAAGAACUGGACACCUGCGUCUGACCAGAACCCCAAACAUGUCCGGUCCGUACAGCUUUUUACAUCGAGAUGAUGAUAAUGCAAGGACAAUUGAGAGAUUAUUCGAGACCGAAGCAUCCCCCGGCAGAUCCCAAGCAAAGUAUGGAGCAUCUAAUGAGAGCUAUCAGGAGUUGCAAGAAAAGGAUUUAUAUACUAAAAGCAAGAAAAAGUCCAAAGCAGGAACAAGAUACGUACCAAAUUAUGACUAUUCUAACAGCCAUGGGGAAGCUAAGAUUACGUUUGACCCAUCUCCUGAUCCAUCGGGUUCUAGAGACCAAUUAACAUACUACCAUAGAGCUGCGGAAGCUGCAAGUGAACACGCUGCUCUAAUUGUGAAGAACAAUAGUCUGCUUACAGAGGUUUCUGAACUGAAGAGCAGUCUUGCCAUAAAAGAAGCAUUUUUGCAAGAAAUGAAAGAAGAAUUAGAGAAUUGCAAAGAGACGAAAGCCCGCCAAGCAGUGCAGAUACAGUCUCUAAAACAUAGCGCCAAGGAGUGGGAACAAUUUAAUAUGUCGGCGAGUAAGGGGAAAAUGGAUACAAACGCCGAGAUUUAUUCCCUCAGAGGAGAAAAUCAGGAACUGAAAGAGAGAGUCCAAGAAUUAGAAAACAGACUCAGGAUGCAUCUAAUGCAACGAGAAAAAGCUGAACAGAAAGAAACUAACUUGGAGAAAAAACUGCAAAACAGUAUUGAAAAACUGUCUAAUUACCUGAACCUUAAUAUUAAGGACCAAACAGACCCCUUGAAUAUUAUAUUAGCAAAGGUAGAGAAGCUUGUGAAUGAACACUUUGUACAAAAGACAAGAAUAGCGAGUCUUGAAGAUACCUUGGCCGGUCAACAAAUAGAGUCCAAAGCCAACAGAGAUACCGUUGUGAAACUUGCAACGGAAGCAGAAAAACACAAGAAGAUUACAGUUGGCAUUGAAGUUGAAAUGAAAUCACUGAAGAAGGAGCGAGAUGAAGCUAUACUGGCCAAAAAAAGCACAGAAAGGGAGAAAGAAAUCCUUUUGGAGAAACUCAAAGAAAACCAUAAAGAAUGGGGCAGCUUCCAGCAAGAGUUGGUGGAAAAGGACAAGCGAAUGAAAGAAAUGGACCGAACUCUUCGUUCAUCUGACUAUGAGGCAAAGGCCUCUCUCAGCCUCCACCAGGGAUUUGUCAGUCAGUUGGCUACAAUCCUCAGCAAUGGCUUUAUAACCGUGCCCAGGACGGAGGAAGCCGUCAAGGAGAGAAUCUUAGAUAUCCAUAGCAACGAGCAAAAACUGAAAUCAGUGAAUGAGGAGCUUCAGCAGAAGGUGAUCAAGCUUAGCAAACAGCUAGAUCAACAGCGCGAGCUAUACCGCGAGGCAGUGACCAAGUCAUACAAUGUGGAAGAACGUCUGCAGGAAAACCAAGAUUCCAUUAAGCAUUUAAAGGGCAAGCUCGCGUCAGAAGAAAUGAUCAAAGAUGGUUUUAACAUCGAAAGAAAGAAGCUUAAGAAGUUUUUAACACAGCUGGCAGAAAAGCUGAAUAUGAGCGAGGACAUAUCCGCUGAGAGUCUGGUGUCACAAUAUGAAUUGCUGCUGAACAGAGCUGAAGAGAUAAGUAAGAGGACCAGAGAUUUUGGAAGCGAGAACAAACCUCUAGUCUACAAUCUCCAAAAGAAGGUGAAUUCCCAAAUGGAAAAAAUAGAGUUAAAAUCUUCAAAAAUUGUACAACUCGAGACAAAAAUCAAACAGUUAGAAGAAGAGAGAGAGAAGCAACUCUUUCUAAGUGCUGAAAAUUCCGCUGGUCUGACAGCCCAAAAAUUGCAGAAGAAGGUCGAGAGACUCCAGGGACAGCUUGGUGACGUGAAAAUUGCUAAUCAAAAACUUGCGGCUCAGCUUGUCGAUAUGAACGAUCUAAAGGAGAAAACCAACCAACAGAGAAAGACUAUCGAGGAGCUCAGCAGAUCUUUAGAAAAACUGGCGAAAAUUAAGGAAAUGGCGGCCAAAAAGGUGGUAAGCUUGAAGACCGAACUGGACUAUGACAAACACGAGCAUUUUGGAGAUGUAUUACGGAAACAACACCUGGUGGAUUCAGUCACUAAUGAGCUGCACACAGCAAAGAGGGCACUUGAAGAAGUUGCGAGGAGAGAAAAACAGCUUGUUGAUUUCAGAGAAACUAUUACGAGGAUGAUGGGUUUUAACAUUAAUUCAUUGGCCGUGCCAGACUAUGAGAUUUUCGAGCAACUGAAGCGCGUUCUAGGGGCUCACGGUCCUGUAAAUGAUGGUGCAAUAGAUAGGUCCAAGUUGCCAUAUGGUUUUAGGACAGGUGAUGUUGAGCAGGAGUACACAGUUCAACACAUAAAUUCAUUUAAAAAUCCCAAGUUUUAAAUGGAUAAACAAAACAAUAUUUAAAUUGAAAUAUACGCAAACAGUCACAUUUUUAUCUCAAUUAUCUUUAGUUUAUCUUUUUUUUAUCCAAACACAAAAAAAUGUUUACAUUUUCA